AUGGCCGGGCCGGGGCGGGUGGCCAUCAAAAGGGUGCCUCGGAACCGCAUCUGGCACUGGAGCGAGCUGCCCGACGGCACCAGCGCUCCCCUGGAGGUUGUGCUGCAGGACAAGGUGUCCACAGGCUUUCCCGGUGUCGUCCAGCUGCUGGAGUGGCUUGAGCUGCCCAGCGACAUUGUGAUGGUGCUGGAGCGGCCAGAGCAGUCUCAGGACCUCCUGCAUUUCAUUCGGGCACGGGGGUUCCUGCGCGAGGAGGUGGCGCGGCAGCUGUUCCGGCAGGUGCUGGAGGCCGUGCGGCACUGCACCAGCUGCGGGGUCCUGCACCGCGAUAUCAAGCCAGAAAACAUCCUGGUUGACCUGGCCACCGGGCAGGCCAAAUUGAUUGACUUUGGCUGUGGCACCUACCUGCAAGAGACAGCCUACACUCACUUUGCAGGAACACCAUCAUACAGCCCCCCGGAAUGGACCCGCUUUGGCUGGUACCAUGGCGAGCCAGCUACCAUCUGGUCCCUUGGCAUCCUGCUGCACGAGAUGGUCUGCGGGAAGAUGCCUUUCAGGAGGGGCUGGAACUUCAGCUGGGGCCAGCUCUCACUGCCACAACGGCUCUCUCCAGAGUGCCAAAAUCUGAUUGGGUGGUGUUUAUCCAUGCACCCCUUGGCCAGACCCUCAUUAGAAGAGGUGUUCUGUCAU